AUGCCCCCAGCAGUGAGGUGGUCAGCCCAGGGUGCGCGAUGGCUGUGGAUCUUCUGGGCAGCCCUGGGGCAGUGUCUGGGAUACAAUUCACAGCAGCAAAGGGUAGCUUUUCUUCAGCCUCCUGGUCAGAGUAACCUGCAAGCAAGUCUUGUGGAGUUUAAACCCAGCCAGAGAUGUAGCCCCGGAUACUAUCGGGAUAACAGAGACUUAUAUGGACGGUGUGUUCCCUGCAAUUGCAACGGACAUUCAAAUCGAUGCCAGGAUGGCUCUGGAAUAUGUAUUAGCUGCCAGCAUAACACUGCUGGGGAACACUGUGAGCGCUGCCAGGAGGGUUUCUAUGGGAACGCCAUCCAGGGAUCCUGCAGCGCCUGCCCCUGUCCUCAUUCAAACAGCUUUGCCACCGGCUGUGUUGUGACUGGGAUUAGCGUGCAGUGCUCCUGCAAACCUGGAUACGCAGGAACACAGUGUGAAAGGUGUGCUCCAGGAUAUUUCGGAAAUCCCCAGAAGUUUGGAGGUAGCUGCCAACCAUGCAAUUGUAAUAGCAAUGGCCAUUUGGGCAGCUGUGACUCCCUGACCGGAGAAUGCACAAACCAAGAACCCAAAGAUGGCAGCCCAGGAGAAGAAUGUGAUGAUUGUGACAGCUGUGUUAUGACACUCUUGAAUGACCUGGCCACCAUGGAGGACGAGCUCCGCUCAGUCAAGUCGCAGCUGCAGGAGCUGAGUGCCAGUGCGGGCACUCUGCAGCAGAUGGGUCACUUGGAGACCCAGACCAAGGACCUGAGGAACCAGCUGCUCAACUACCGUUCUGCCAUUUCAAAUCAGGGCUCAAAAAUGGAUGGCCUAGAAAAAGAACUGAGCAAUUUGAAUCGUGAAUUUGACACUUUGCAAGAAAAGGUUCAAAUAAAUUCCAGGAAAGCACAAACAUUAUAUAACAACGUUGAUCGGACAACCCAAAGCGCAAAAGAGCUGGAUGCAAAGAUUAAAAACGUCAUUCGAAAUGUGCACAUUCUUCUGAGGCAGAUCUCCGGGGCGGACGGAGGAGGGAGCAGCUUGCCACCCGGGGAGUUUGCCAGGAAGCUGGCCGAGGCCGAGCGCAUGCUGAAGGAGCUGCGGAGCCGCGACUUUGCAAGGAACCUGAGAGAAGCAGAAGCUGAAAAAAGAGAGGCUCAGCUCUUGCUGAAUCGGAUAAGGAGCUGGAUGGAAAACCACCAGGUGCAGAGCAAUGGACUUGUUAAGAACAUGCGGGAUUCUUUAAAUGACUAUGAAGCCAAACUCGCUGACCUCCGUACUGCGCUGCAGGAGGCAACAGCCCAGGCAAAUAAGGCCACUGGCCUCAACCAAGACAACGAGAGGACUUUGGAAUCCAUCAAGAGGCAAGUUAAAGAAAUGAAUUCCUUGCAGAGUGAUUUCACCAAGUCUCUAGCCACUGCAGACUCUUCCUUAUUGCAAACCAACGUUUUGCUGCAGCUGAUGGAGAAAAGCCAGCAGGACUAUAAAAAAUUAGCUGCCACUGUGAAUGAAGUAAGACAUGAACUAAGUGACAAAGUGAGAGAACUUUCCAAAUCCGCCAGCAAAGCAUUGCUGGUGGCGCAGGCAGAGAAGCACGCGCAGUCCUUACAGGAGCUGGCAAAGCAGCUGGAGGAGAUCAAGAGGAACGCCAGUGCGGAUGAGCUGGUGCGUCGUGCUGUGGACGCGGCCACUGCCUAUGAGAACAUCCUCAACGCCAUCAAAGCGGCGGAGGAUGCCGCCGACAAGGCCACUAGUGCCUCCGAGUCUGCCCUCCAGACAAUGACAAAGGAAGAUGUUCCAACAAAAGCUAAAACCCUGAGUUCCGACAGUGAUAAACUGUUAAAUGAAGCCAAGAUAACACAGAAGAAGCUACAACAAGAAAUCAGUCCAGCUCUGAACAACCUACAGCAAACUCUGGAAAUUAUGGCAGUUCAGAAAGGGAUGAUAGACGCCAAUAUUACUACCAUCCGUGAUGAUCUUCGUGGGAUAGAGAGAGAUGACAUCGAUGGUAUGAUCAGUAGUGCAAAGAGCAUGGUCAGAAAUGCCAAUGAUAUCACAGAUGAGGUUCUGGAUGGGCUCAACCCCAUUCAGACAGAUGUGGAAAGAAUUAAGGAUACCUAUGGGAGCACACACAGCGAAGACUUCAACAAGGCUCUGACUGACGCGGAUAACUCAGUAAGAAAAUUAACCAACAAACUGCCUGAUCUUUUGAGCAAGAUUGAAAGUAUCAACCAACAGCUGUUGCCACUGGGCAACAUCUCUGAUAAUGUGGACCACAUUCGAGAGCUAAUUCAGCAGGCCAGAGAUGCUGCAAAUAAGGUUGCUAUCCCCAUGAGAUUCAAUGGAAAAUCUGGAGUAGAAGUCCGACUGCCAAAUGACCUGGAAGAUUUGAAAGGAUACACAUCUCUUUCUUUAUUUCUCCAAAGACCUGAGUCAGGAGAAGAUGGAGGGACUGAGAAUAUGUUUGUGAUGUACCUCGGAAAUAAAGAUGCCUCCAGGGACUACAUCGGCAUGGCAGUCAUAGAUGGCCAGCUCACAUGUGUCUACAACCUGGGAGACCAGGAGGCGGAACUUCAAGUGGACCAGAUCUUGACCAAGAGUGAAACUCAGGAUGCAGUUAUGGACCGGGUGAAAUUUCAGAGAAUCUAUCAGUUUGCCAGGCUUAAUUACACCAGAAAAGCCACAUCCAGUAAACCAGAAACAGCUCAAUUCUAUGACACGGACAAUGGAAAUAGCAACACACUCCUCGAUUUGGAUCCUGAAAAUGUUGUAUUUUAUGUUGGAGGCUACCCACCUGAUUUCAGACUUCCUAGAAAACUUAGAUUCCCUCCAUACAAAGGUUGUAUUGAAUUAGAUGACCUCAAUGAAAAUGUUCUGAGCUUGUACAACUUCAAAGAAACUUUCAAUCUUAAUACAACUCAAGUGGAGCCUUGUAGAAGGAGAAAGGAAGAGUCAGACAAAAAUUAUUUUGAAGGUACGGGCUAUGCUCGAGUUCCAACUCAAACUUCAACUAUAACUGCUUCAGUCAAAACCUUUGGGCAGUCAAUUCAGACCACUGUGGAUAAAGGUUUGCUGUUCUUUGCAGAAAACCAGGAUCAAUUCAUCUCUCUAAAUAUAGAAGAUGACAGUCUCCUGGUGCUAUACAAACUGAAUUCAGAGCCACCAAAAGAAAAAAGAAUUAAAGAGCCCAUAAGCAAUGGGAAAGAUCAUUCGAUUCUGAUCAGAAUUCCAAAAGCCAUGAAAAGUAUGUACAUAAGUGUGGAUAGUCGCUCCAGUAUGAUUGAUGGUGAAAUAUUUGAUUUCAACACAUAUUAUCUGGGAGGAAUUCCACUUUCAAUCAGGGAAAGGUUUAACAUUUCUACACCUGCUUUCCGAGGCUGCAUGAAAAAUCUGAAGAAACCCAGUGGCGUGGUUAGGUUGAAUGAUACUGUGGGAGUAACAAAGAAGUGCUCAGAAGACUGGAAGCUCGUGCGAUCUGCCUCAUUCUCCAGGGAAGGACAACUGAGCUUCACCAAUUUGGACUUCCCAUUGUCCAGCCAGUUCCAGGCCUCCUUUGGGUUUCAGACCUUUCAACCCAGUGGCGUGCUAUUAAAUCAUCCUGCAGGGACAACUAGCCUACAGGUCUCCCUGGAAGAUGGUCACAUUGAGCUCAGCACCAGGGAUCGCAGCAGCCCAAUUUUUAAAUCUCCACAGACAUACAUGGAUGGUUUACUGCAUUAUGUGUCUGUAAUAAAUGACAACUCUGGACUCCAGCUUCUCAUUGAUGACCAGCCUCUGAAAAGUAACCAAAGGCUACAAAGCAUUUCAAGUUCCCAGAAAUCCCUGCGCCUGGGCGGGGGUGAUUUUGAGGGCUGUAUCAGCAACGUUUUUGUCCAGAGGUUGUCACAGAAUCCUGAAGUCCUAGAUUUGACCACUAAAUCUGUCAAGAGAGGUGUGUCCCUGGGAGGCUGCAGUUUGAACAAACCACCUUUUCUCAUGUUGUUGAAAGGUUCUGCAAGGUUUAGCAAAGCCAAGACUUUCAAUAUCAACCAGCCAUUGCAGGACACACCAGUGGCCUCCCCGAGGAGUGUGCAGGCGUGGCAGAAUGCUCAGUCUUGUCCAUCACCUCCCGGGGCCCAGGCCAGUCACGGAGCCCUCAGGUUUGGGGACAGUCCCACCAGCCACUUGCUAUUCACGCUUCCCCAGGAGUUGCUAAAACCCAGGUCACAAUUUGCUGUGGACCUGCAGACAACAUCCUCCAGGGGGCUUGUGUUUCACACAGGCACGAAGAACUCCUUUAUGGCUCUCUAUCUCUCCAAGGGACGACUGGUCUUUGCUUUGGGGGCAGAAGGGAAAAAACUGAGGCUCAAAAGCAAAGAGAAGUGCAAUGAUGGGAAGUGGCACACGGUGGCAUUUGGACAAGAUGGAAAGAAGGGACGCUUGGUUGUAGAUGGUCUGAGGGCCUGGGAGGGAAGUUUACCUGGAAAUUCCACCGUCAGCCUCAGAACAUCAGUUUACCUGGGAUCGUCUCCAUCAGGGAAACCAACAAGCCUCCCCAAAAACAGCUUUGUGGGAUGCCUGAGGAACUUUCAGUUGGAUUCGAAACCACUGGACACCCCUUCUGCAAGCUUUGGGGUGUCUCCCUGCUUGAUUGGCUCUUUGGAGAAAGGCAUUUAUUUCUCCCAAGAAGGAGGUCACAUCAAACUAGCUAACUCUGUGUUGUUGGGGCCAGAAUUUAAGCUCGUUUUCAGCGUCCGCCCGAGAAGUCUCACGGGAAUCCUGAUACACAUCGGCAGUGGGCCCCAGAGGCACUUGUGUGUUUACAUGGAGGCAGGAAAGGUUGUGGCCUCUGUGGACAGUGAGGCAGGUGGGAUCUUGACAUCAGUCACACCUAAGCAGUCUCUGUGUGAUGGACAGUGGCACUCAGUGGCAGUCACCAUAAAACAACACAUCCUGCACCUGGAACUGGAUGCAGACAACAGCUACACAGCCGGACGGCUCCCCUUCCCGCCUGCCAGCACUCAGGAGCCACUACACAUUGGAGGUGUCCCAGAUUUGAAGACCCUGAAGCUCCCUGUCUGGAAAUCAUUUUUCGGCUGCCUGAAGAAUAUUCAAGUCAACCACAUUCCCAUCCCUGUCACUGAAGCUGUGGAAGUCCAGGGGACUGUCAGUCUGAAUGGCUGUCCCGACCACUAACUCAAACCGAUCACACAGUGAGGAGAUUCACCUUUAAAAGCACUGAUAAGCAACGCACCUCCCUCUCCCUGCUCAAGGUCAUUCUUGACUUAAGACACCAUGCAAACGGAUUCAGUAGCAAAUCCAAUUUUGAAAGUCGACCACACAUAACCAUCAUUUUGGCAUUCAGUGCUACAUAUUAUUUUAUAUAAAAAUCCCAGUUCUUGAAGAUGGUGAGCAAAUUGUUAUAUGCUUUUGGUAAUAUCAUUUCCCACUAAAAAUGAAAUGUCUUUUAAAGAACAUUAUUUGCCACUUGUUAAAAAAUAAAUAUCUUU